CUCAGCUACUUCGAACACAGAUGGUUAUAAUGGAGUCGCAGGUUACCCAAAUGCCCAGUCAAGAACAGAAGACGGCGCCAUCGCCAGAGGACAAAGCAAUAGCGCCCGUUCGUUCAGAUCCCGCCGGUUUGGUUAUGCAAGUCAUUGAUGUCUCAUAUGACGGCAAGCGAUCCAGAUCACCGCUUCAGCUGAACGACGAUAUCAAUGGCAUUGAGGCUGCCUUGCAAAACCUUCCACCGCACAAGGACGGCAUUGCGCGUGUGUUCGAUCUGUAUCCAAGGGGCAAAUGUCGUGACCAUAACGGCUGGCAGAGCAAUGUUUCUAAACACUUCAGAGAAGAGUACCCCGGAUUGCGGAUCACGCCCCGAUUAUUUCCUGAAAGCCGUAUCAAAAACGACCUCUGGAACAUUUCACGUCAGUGGGCCGGGAAUGCCGAGGGAACAGGCAUAUCCACAAAGACUUCUCUGAAGGUGGAUGGUAAAGAUUCCCUGAACACUGCAAGCUCAUUCCUAGUAUGCUACUACUAUGGUAUUAACAAGCUUCUGGUGAUCGUCAUCAAUGAACAACACCUUUUAGUGGGAACGGCUCCACCAGAGUAUACAUAUUUCGAUCGCAUCGCACCAGAGAAUAGGUUUAUAGCCAUGGCUAAUGGGAGUCGCGAUCGGCUCACCAAAUUACUCGUGCUGGACUUUCUGUCCUCAAGCGUCUAUCUUUCACCUGCAACUCAACUGGAAUUGUGGAGGAACCCUGGAAGUUUUUUCGAUCUUCCCACCUGGGAACAUUCAGCAGUGAUCGCGGGAGUCUCGAGCAUCACAGCUAACACAGUGGAAGUUUACAUCGACAGUCUAGCCUUGCGCGAGGUAGUCCUGCAAGAACUGCAAGAGCUCGCUGAAGCCAUCGACUUUGUGGUGGAAAGCCUCCGAAAGUAUUCCAACCCAAAGGAGAAGGCAUUCGCUACACAGCAGCGUGACAGCAGUAGCAGCAAUGCUGUUGACGAACGGAUGUUUAUCCUGCAGCAGAUGUGCUACCAGCGUCGAAAAAACGUCGAGAGAUCUAUUGAGCAACUGAAUCGUACAUUUGAAGCCAAGAGCAAGGCUUUGAAUAUCCAAGAAUCCGCGAGCGUGAGGCGACUCACCAUUCUUGCAACGAUCUUCCUACCCUUGUCACUGUCAACUUCGAUUCUCAGCAUGCAGUCGCGAUUCAAAGAGCUCCAUCUCAAGCUUUACGAUCUUGUGGGAGUCUUCGUGAUAAUAGGCACUGUGGCUGUCAUCAUUCUUCUUCUCGUUCGGGCCAUAACGGACAUCGCCUCGAGCGCGAUAUUUCGUGACUUGAGCAAUCCGAAUCGCAUUUGGGCCAGGCACGAAAAAUCGAUCUGGGGACUGCUUUCUGUGUUAGGAAGGAUAUGGUUCGCCUCGACAUGGGCCGUGCUGAUGGUCUCAUUUCUCUUCGGAAUGCUCAAGGACGUGAUGUUGGGAGUGAAGAUCCUAGGAUUCGGGUUCGUCGGUCUGCUAGGGUAUGCCAUUCUCGUCUGUGUUGUUAUAUUACAUAGAAUCUAUCUUCAGCUGGGCAAAUAG